AUCAGUUUUUAGUCUUUGUCUGCUGCUGACGAGCUCAACAUGUCGUCGUGGGCUGUCUCCAAUAUUGAACUAUGCGACUGCACUGCCAACUCCAGCCGAGCUGAAGGAUCCCGACAGAGGCGUCUGCUGCGUCUCGCCUGGCACACAUUGUCUUCCAAGAUUCAGCAGCUCGGCGACUUCUUGAGACGCGAAACGAAUAAACCACUGCCCAAGGAGUUGCGUCGAUCGUUGCGUAUGAAUAAAUCGGCUAGGCGGAAGGGUUAUCAGCAUUAUGAGACCGAAGCAGAUAAAAAACGCAUCAACGAUUAUUUGAAUCGGCCCGUCAAUAUUUCAAUACGUGUUGGCCCUGCCUUUGAUUAUAGACCAUCGAAUUUCUAGUAAAAAUAAUAUAAAUCAACAUAAUU